AUGGAUACACGAUCAAACCAAUCAUUGUCUACUGAGAAGAAGAGAAUGGUCGACAAUACUCAGAUUUCUUUGUUAUGUGAAGAUUUGUUAUUAGAAAUUCUAAAGAGGUUGCCUGCAAAAGAUGUCUUUCAAUGCAGAUCGGUCUGCAAGGAAUGGAACUUUCUAUUACGAACUCCUCACUUUAUUUCUCUUCAUUAUAACCAUUCUUCACAGAUCAAUAAUGUCUCCUCCUCUUCCUCCUCACAUUUCAUUCUCCUCCGAUUGGUUAAAUCUGUUCCUUACAGUUUGGGUAAAAAGGUAUUGACAUUCUUUACCAUAAAGAAAACAAACAACCAACUGGUAGCCACAAUCGACAAAGAAGUAAACCUUAGUUCCAUUCUAUCAUCAUUACGCUUUCCCUCCAAUGUAGGCUUCCCAAGUCUCCCAAAACAAUCAGAUAUGGAUGACAUGCCAUUAUUUUGUCCUUUUGAUGGUUUGAUAUGUUUUGGAUAUGGUUGGCAUGUUAUUCUAUAUAACCCAUCGACUAGAGAAUCUCAAUUGUUAUACUAUGAACCGCAUUUUUCAAGAUUAGAAAUUGGUUUUAGGCUUCGUAUUCUGGAUGUUUGGUUCGAAUCCAGCGUUAAGCAACAUUACAAAGUCUUUAUGAUGGUUCUUUGGAAUGACUGCUGCAAGAUCGACACGUACGAUUCAACAGUAAAUACCUGGAGAUUAAGCAAGGCCAUAUUUGGAAUGGCAUAUCGUUACACAUCCUUGUUAUUGAAUGGAAUUAUCCACUUUUAUAUGAAAAAGGAUUCGGGUUCUGUGAUUGUCACAUUUGAUGCAAGAUUGGAAACCUUUGGAGAACUUGAAUUCCCUCCAUGUUAUGCCGAUUACAACAAGGAUUCGCGGCUUUUCUCCUUUUGCGGAAAUCUUUCAUUUUUAAAACCGGGUACCAUGAUGGAUGAUAACAGUAUUUGUUGUGAGAUAUGGGUGAUGACUGAAUAUGGGAUGAAUGAUUCUUGGAGAAAGAUAUACUCUAUACCAAUUGGUGGGUUUACCGUUAGUUUGUUCUUAGGAUAUUUAUUUCGCCCGUUAAAGUUUUGGAAAAACAUGGAAGGGCACGAUGAGUUGUUACUGAAAACCACUAAUAACAAGAUCUUGGUUUUAAAUCUCCAUAUGCAGAAGUUCACCUAUUUGGAAUUGGACCGGGAUAUUAUUAAAGUGUCGAAGAUUGUGUCAAACAAUGUUGAGAGUUUACUUUCUCUAAAAUGA